AAUAGACAUCAGCCGGAAUACUAAACUUGCUCUUGUUUUUGUCUGUAGAGACGUCGUUUACCCAUAACAAUUUCUGGCUUUUUUGUACACUUUCAGUUUCUCACCAUGACGUGAAGCUUUACAAGUACAGCCAGCAAUGUCUGGUCAAUCUUCAAGAGGAAGGAGGAAAUAUAAACUUGUUAUUCUCGGUGACGGAGGCGUGGGAAAAAGUGCUUUGGUCAUCCAGUUUGUGAGUCACAGAUUUAUAGAAUACCAUGAUCCAACAAUUGAGGAUUCUUUUGAACAGCAGUGUCGCAUUGAUGAUGAACCAGCUCAUCUUGACAUUUUGGAUACUGCUGGCCAGACGGAGUUUACAGCAAUGCGGGAACAAUACAUGAGAAACGGUGAAGGUUUUGUUCUUUGUUUCUCUAUAACUGACCGACGUAGCUUUGAUGAGUUAAUCACUUACAAAAAUCUAAUCAACCGCGUACGGUCAGGUGAGGAUAUACCUGUCAUCAUUGCUGGUAAUAAAUGUGAUUUGGAACAGAAGAGAAAGGUAAAAUAUGAAGAAGGUGUUGCCCUGGCACAGCAGUUGGGUUGUCGCUACUAUGAAACUUCUGCAUAUUUAAGGAAAUGUAUUGACGAUGUUUUUCAUGGUAUUGUGCGAGCAAUAAGGGAUAAGGAGAAGGAAAAAUUUGAACAGGGACCACACUCUAAAAAGAAGCAAGGAAAAGUGAAAAAACUUUUAUCUUCUCUACAACCAAACCAUCUAUUCAGAAAAGGGUCUACCUCUAAGCACAGCAAAGAUUCUUAACAGAAUAACAGGAAAAUUACUGUUUUAUUGUAGGUAUGUAUUGAUUCUAUGCAGUUGCAUAAUUAAUUACGAUAGUUUUUAAAGUAACCAUUCAAAAUAGACACAGUUACUUUGACAAUUUUUUUAUUUUAAAAGUAUUUUUAGACUAAAAUAAAAAUUCUUUUGUGUUUUUAUUUUAUUCAUGGGAAUAGUUGGAUGGAUAGAGCCCUUACAAAUUUAAUCCACUGCCCUCUAUCCAUAAUAAUUCUGCUUUUUUACAUCAGUUCAAUAUAUUAUUGAGAGCUACCUGGAUUGUAAUACUAAUGAUUCUAUAAUACAUUAUUUCUAAUGAGUUGUUUGGAAAUCUACAGCAUAGUAGUUUAA